AUGGUUUUCAAGAGAAAUCGAGCGUCUUCCAGCAUAAAGACACUCAAAACUAGUAACAGAUCUCUUCCUGGUAGUUUUGGACGCCUACAGUAUCUACAAAACUUGCUGACUGAGUAUCAAGAAACAUCGAUAACAGAACACAGGGAACAGAUUGUAGCCAACCUUGCGAAUUUCUGCUACGAUUCACGUAACGGCCCUCAUCUGCGCCAACUGCGGCUAGUAGAUCUCUUUUUCGAUUGCAUCAAGGAAGCAUCAACCGUGUGGUUUAAAGUUGCCUUUCAACCUGGUUCAGACGUGAAAGUGGAUGAACAUACAAUUCGUCUAGCUGAAUUUGCCCUUGGUGGUCUCUCCAAUCUUUCAGCUUCAUCGGAACUUAGCCGUCAGGAUAUUCUUAAUCACAUACACCUACCCUGUGUUGUGGCUUGUUCAACCUCACCAAAUAAUUCAAUUGUUGUGUAUUCUCUAACUAUACUUAUACACUUGUUCACUCCUAGUCCAAAUUGUGAAGAGUCAAUCUCUUUAAGUUCUCGAUUCCCCGCUGCAGUUCAAAUAGUGCGUCAGUACUGUGAGUCAACCAAUCUGCAUGCCAAUAUUGACCCUCGAAUUCGGAUCUUAUCACAGAUACUACUGGAGGAUUGUUGUACUAUCACUGUUCCUCACUAAUUGACCUUACAUGUUCAAAUGUGUAGUGUCAUAAAAUUGAAAUGUUUAGAAAUUCCAAUGUUAAUUACUUCUCAUCGAUCUUCUUCCUUAUAUUCGUGUAUAACUUUCUCGAAACCUAAUCGCCAGCUGUCUAAAACAUCCUCAUUAAAAUGUUUCGUGCGAAAUCCUGGUGAGAAAAGAGAGUUCGGUGUUGCCAG